AUGGGCCGCAAGAAGAUUCAAAUCAAACCAAUCAAAGAUGAACGAAAUCGCCAAGUUACAUUCCUGAAAAGGAAGUUUGGUCUAAUGAAGAAAGCCUAUGAGCUCAGUGUCUUAUGUGAUUGCGAGAUCGCACUGAUUAUAUUUAAUUCAAACAAUAAACUGGUUCAGUAUGCAAGUACUGAUAUCGACAAGAUUCUCUUGAAGUACACUGAGUAUAGUGAACCACACGAAAGCAAGGGCAAUCAUGACUUUGCAAAUACGGCAGACGUUGAUGAUGACGAUAACCCUCCAGCAACGGUAUACGACCCUUCUUCGACUCCAGAGCAGAAACAGGCCACACCCCCAUCAUAUCAACAUAAUCCAUACCACGUGAGUUACAACAACGGCAUGUAUGCUCCAUCGCCUCAGCCGUACAUAGUUCAACAGCCACAGCAAUAUUAUGGACAAAUGAGCCAGGUGACCCCAAUACCUCAUCAAUCCAUGAUGGCCAUGUCCAUGCCAAUGUCUGUUAACGUUGCUCCCAACUCUCAAUCCUCACUUUCCGCAUCACCAAUUCCCGCUCCAUUACAGAUGGGUGUGCCGAUGCCAAAUAAUUCCUCGAUGCCAUCAACGCAAUCAUCCCUCUCAUCAACCAUGUCAAACACUAUGACGCAAGUAAUACCAGGGGUAGUACAACAAGCACAGCAGUCACCUCAGUUACAACAUUCAACAACGCAAAUGCACAGUCCACAGUUACGUCAUUCACCACAGCUAUCUCAAGGUGCGAUGGACACACCACCUAGCGGGACUGACAUAGUCACUUCUCCACCAUUAGUAUCGCCAACUCCGAAAAAACCGAAGUUAAGAGUACAAAUUCCAGAACAGAAGGAUGGUAAAGGUGGGAAUUGUACACAAUGUGUGAUUGUCAAACAGGAUCCAACGCCUGAUCAGGAUGAGACUCCUGAGGAUUCUCAACAGAUGCCCAUGGCUUCGAUGCCGCUCUCCACUCGUCCGACACCAACUACCGCGGACGCAGGUCCAGCAUCAGCCAUAACAUCGUCUCAAUUCGGACCGAAUCUUCCGUCUCCGUCUACGUUUUUCAACGAAUUUUACAAAUCAGAGCUCCCGUCUCCAUUAGCGUUUUCUCAAACACCGACUAGUGCACAGACAAGCGCAUUUCAUUGGCCGCCACAUAGGCCACAGCAUCAACCUUCACCGUUAGCUAAACAAGAUGGUGUAUCGGUGAAGAAUGCCAGGCCGGAUGAUGAUGAUGUAAACGUAAUUGGGAACGGAGAACCCGAGAAGAAAAGGCUUAAAGUUUAA